AUGGAGGAAGUUUGUAAAUUUCAGUACUCCUUCAGCGUUGUCAAGGUCUUGUCGCACAGGGUUCCCAACCAAAGCAUCGCAUCGUUGCUAUCAAUGUGCGCUAAGACGAAGCCAGAGCCGUGCAAAGUUAUUCACUUAGUGAGAGACCCACGGGCCUUGAUAUUAUCCCAGAUGAAGUUAAAUUUCAUGCGGAGAAGCAAGCUCAAAAAUGGAAAGCUUCAAACACAGGACAUUCUAAAGCAUACUCAAAGAAUAUGUAACCGUAUUGACCAUAAUCUUCUUGAAAUCAAAAACCUUUCAGCUGACUUACUUCACCUUUACAAGGUACUUAGAUACGAAGAUCUGGUUUUAGAUUUAGAAAACACAACAAGAAAUCUAUUCACGUUUGCGAAAAUUCCAAUGAAGAUGGAAAUCUCAGACUGGAUCAAGACAAACACAAAAGCUAGCAGUGUUCCAUACCCAAGAAAACCUUAUUCCCCGUAUUCCACGCACAGAAAUGCUUCCACUCUUGUUGAUAACUGUAAACGAGAACUUAGUGGCAACGAUAAACAUUUUAUUGAACGGUAUUGUAUGUCUGUAAUGAAAAUCUUAGGGUAUUUGCCAAGCAAAGAAACCCGUGAAUUCCAAAGAUACUUCACCUCUUGA